AUGGAUGGAAUGUACGGUUUCCCCACCGACGGUGAUUACUCAGAUAAGGCGGUGCUUAUGAUGUCCUCCUGAUAUCUCAUGUUUCCUUCUGAUUCAAACUUGCUUUGCUCCUCCGCUGGAGACAAUCGUGUCUCUGAUGUAUUCGGAUCCGACGAGCUACUCUCAGCAGCCGCCUCCGCUUUGUCGUCUGAGGCUGCGUCGAUCGCUCCUGAGAUCCCAAGAAACGAUGAUAAAGUCUCUCUCGGUAUCAUCAGGGAGAUCGCUUCUCAUCCUUUGUAUCCUCGGUUACUCCAGGCUUACAUCGAUUGCCAGAAGGUCGGAGCGCCGCCGGAGAUAGCGUGUCUACUGGAGGAGAUUCAACGGGAGAGCCAUGUGCAUAAGCAAAAACGUUGUCCCGUCGUCUCUUGCUUCGGAGCUGAUCCUGAACUUGACGAAUUCAUAUUCCAGGAAACGUAUUGCGAUAUAUUGGUGAAAUAUAAGUCGGAUCUCGCAAGGCCGUUUGAUGAGGCUACGACCUUCUUGAACAAAAUCGACGACGCGCUUCGGAACCUAUGCACUGGUGUUGAGUCUGACAGAGGACUUUCGG